AUGGAAUGGUCUUGGAACAUCUCUCCGCGAUUUCAUUUUCGUUUGGUCAGUCUUAUUAGUAUAGUGGUAGUAGUAUAUCAGGGUCUCUCAAAGGAUGUUAUGCAAUUAACAACUUUUGCUCUUUUACUUUUUUUUAAAUUCAAAAAUACCCACGCAAAUCUUCGGAAAAUAUUUCGUCGUAAACCCAGACGGUCGAGUGUGUCUGCUGCUGACUCUUAUCAGACGGCCUCCCCAAAUAAUUCAGAAAUUCCGUCGACGAAUUUGGAACAGAGAAGUUGUUCGACUAGUAAAUUACAAGAGGAAAAUUCUUCACAAAAUUUUAUAAAAAAUAAUCGGCUUAAUCCUGGAUUGAGUCUUAGUCAUGAUAGCAUAUUUACACCCGACAGAGCCGACAGUGGCCUUAGUUCAUCGGAUUUGGGAAAUUCCUCACUUUCUAUAACCGUGCUAACAACUCCUUCCACGGAAUUCACGAUGAAAUCUCAGAGUUCUUGUAGCGAGUCUUCACUUUUAAGUAUAGGAAGUUCCGAAACAGAAUUCAGUCCUGUUAAAAGUAAAAAAAUGUCAGAUUUGGAUUUAGGAGUGACUGCUUAUAAAUUGAGCCACAAUGCUGCUAAACAUAAAAUGGCUGUGAAGCCUAAGAGGAAUCAUGGGGCUCCCAGAAGUAGACGAAGAGCAGUGAUUUCAAAAUCGCCUUUGCCGACUACAAUCGAAGUGAACGAAGAGGUUAGCGGCGGCAGCGGGUUUAACGUGUCUUCCACACAAAUUUAUUCAUCUGAUGUUUUCAACGAUCUGCCAAUUCAUUCCGUAACAGUUAAAAACGAUAAACAUCAGGAGGUUUCACUCGAUGAAGAAGAAGGAGGAGGAGGAGGUGGAGGUGGAGAAUCAAAAGCCAAAGAAGAUGAAGGUUUAAAUCAAAAAACUGAAUCUUUUUUCGGAAGAUUUUUAUCGAGGAGAAGUGAAAAAAAGAAGAAAAAUAAUAAUAAUAAUAAUAAUAAUAAUAAUAAUAAUGAAUGUAACGUCGAAGACGGGGAAACGACAGAGAAAUCAAACGCGAUUGUUAAAAAAUUAUCCAAAAGAGGGAAAAGUCCAAAUCAUCGCCAAAGAAUUGAACCGAUGGAAAUACCAUCGAGUCCAUCACCGAGUAAAAGUUGUGAUCAGGAUUUUGUCGAUAAAAGAGUUCCUCCUCAUUCAUCCGCAUCCCCGAAAAAUCAAUUUUGGCCUAAUCUGAUUAGUGACAAUAAUCCAUUAUUAGUUUCUACUCCCGGGUCAGAAAAUAAUUAUAAUUCUUUAAUGGACGACAAUAAAAUUUCAUCAGAUUUUGAUGAAAUUUCGUAUCCGGAUAAUAAUAAAUUUAUCAACGUCGUUAAUCCUUCAUUUAUAAAAGAAUUAACGGAUUCUGUGAAUUUGCACGCAAAAGACGAUUACGGUAAGCGGAAAAUUUUCGAAGAAAAUAAAGAAGAAGAAGAAGAGGGAGAUGAAGAAGAAGGAGUAAAUUAUUUGAAGGCAAAAAGACAACAUUCGGAAAAUGAUAUAAUCAUAAGUGGCACGAGUAGAGAACAAAAGGAAGAGGAAAUUGAUGAAAAAUCAAAUCCACUGGAAUCCGUCGUCGAUAUCUCGAAUUGCGAAUCUUUGACUAUUCCCGUAAAUUUCGAUGACGACAUUAAACCGACGACUGAAUCCCCCGAAAUAACAAAUAACGUACACGAGUUGGGUUAUGAAAAUUUAGUUCAAAUAGUUGAACUAGUGAAACAAGAAGAGGCUGCCGACAUUGAUGUUUUAGAUGUUGUGAAAGAGAAUACGGAUAAUUUAUGUGGGAAAAAUACAACAGAAGAAACGAACAAAGAAAAAGAAAACAUUUUGAAUAUAAAUCCUAUAAAAUCAGAUGAAAAAAUUAUCGAAGAAAAAACGGACGAGAAAAACGACGUUUCGACGCAGAAAAAAGAAACGACGGAAGAAGUGUUAAAAAUUGAACCGGUACGACCACCGGAAGUUACGAAAAGAGUCAAACCUGCCGUUUCGGAAAAACCGAAAGAUUUGAUAAGACUUGGAAAAUCGGGAUUCGUUAAAAGCAGUUCCAUUAAUAUUGAAUCUAAACCUCCAACCGAGGAUUCAAAUGUUAAAAGUGACGUCAUCGAUUCGAAAUCUCGGAUUAAAUUAAUCGAAAGAAGAAAAUCCGAAUUGAUGUCGUUUACAGAAUCCGCAGACAAAGACGGAAAUACGGAAACGAAAUCGUUUAAAAAAGAAUCCGCAACAUCCGGUCAUCACGUACCGGUUUCCGCGGAUUUUGAAUUAAAAGAACAUCAUUAUCAAAAAAAAAUAGAGAGCCCGCACCAGCCACAAGCCGAGGAAACGCCGGCGGUUUUAAGAAAAAAAAGUAUAACCGAUAGAUCGGGAGAACAACCGGAAUUGAUGAAAGUAUUCGCUAGGAGAUCAUUAAAGGUGCGAGAAUACGAAAAGGCGGUGGACGAUGGUCAAAAAUCCAGGGACAGCGACAAAGAAAAUGAAAUCCUCGAACAAUCGAAAGAAGGAGAUGGUAAAAAGGGGUUUUCGGACGAACGAAAAAAGUCGGGGGAAGAUGUAAAACGCGAUGAAGAAAUUUCGAAAGGAAAUAAUAAAAUUGGAUGCGAAGUCAAAGUUAACAUAACAUCUCUCAAACCGGAAAUUCAAAGCCGGAAAAACGUAAUACAAAAAUACGGAAGGAGUUUAUCGGAAAACAACGUUAAAAAAAUGGGAUUAGAUAAAAGUUUAGCAGACGAAUUAAACGAGAAUAAAAUGAACAGGAUUAUGAAUAAAAUGGAAGUCAUCAUCGGUACGAAUAGAGGAAAGGGAGAAGAAAUGAAAAAAGAUAAUGAUGAUGAAAAUGAUUGUUGUAGUACAGGUUUUAAAAGGAUUCAACAGAGGAAAGCAGAAUGGGAAAGGAGAGCUCAACAAAGUGCCAACUAA